CCCGGGAGCCGUGGACGUCGAGGACGCCACUCGCUAGUUAACCCGGACGUUCUCCUCGAGAUGAUUGGCGACUCGCUGCCUGAAUACGUCUUCAUCCGCCUCUCCAUCCUCGGCCUUCGACUUGUCGCCCCGCUCAGCAUCGCCUACCUCUCCUACAGCGCGUACCGCGGCUAUCUACUCUUUUCGCCAUGGCUAGGCCUCUAUGCAGCCGCCGAAGCCUCCUUCUACCUCCUCGUUUGUCUACCCAGGUCCAGGCUGCUGCAGAAGGUGA